CUUUGGGGUUUGUAAUGAGAAGCAUCUUUGUAAUUUAUGCUCUGUGGUCUAAUUUGAUCUAAUCAGUGGUCUAAUUUGUGUAUUUGGAGUCUGUGACUGUAUGAUAGUUUGUGUGGAUAGCACAGGUGUGGUCUGAAUUCGUCCUCAUGUUCUUGCAGUGUCUUUCCACUGGAGGGCGAUGUUGUCCACAAAAUGUGGGCCUAUACCUCUAAAAGAGCAGAUCUGACCCUAACAACAGGAAGGUAUCACUUCUUCCUACUCCUAUUUUUCCCAACCAGAGAUAUAAUAACAGGGAAAGUCUGUUUAUUUCAAUUAGUUUUUUUACAUUUUAUAUUGUAAUCCAUUGCAAACAAUCUUAAAAACAACAAACAAGUUUAAGGAUGAUAGAAAGCAAUCAGCUCUACAACAAUGACAUUAAUGUUGGCUUGUUGUCCCAGGUUCCACCAGCAUAAAUUAUGUGCAUAAAAGGGAUAAAGACCCAUAAUGCAAAGAGUUAGAGCCAUACUGUGGUUUGGGGGGAAAAAAAUUGAUCUGUGAUAAUAAAAGUGACACCACACCAAGGAGCAUGUCCUCUGGCCUGGUUUUGAGUAGGCUACACCACGAGAGCCAAAAAGAAAUGAUCCAGUAGAAAGGCUUUUUAGGACCAGGAGCUGAGAUACACAGAUAACAGAUAAUUGAAUAGAUUUAAAUUAUUACUUCAAGUCAAGCCAAAUAAGCAUGAAAUAUUACAUGGACAGAAACAAAAUCAGCAUGAAGAUAAAAUGUAAUGUUUGCCUACAGGAUCCACCAGGAGUAAUAAAAUAAAGCAUUUUUUCACAGGUACUUUCAAGAUACAGUGCACAGAAAUGAGAAGUGAAACUGUUCCUCCCAUUGGACUUCCCAUCUGUCUAAGCUUUUUCAUUAAAUAAAGACUAUCAGUCAAUCAUUUUUUUUAUAUUCAGAGAAUGUGAUACUCAACUAAACACAAUUAUCAAUACUGUAUUUAAUCUCUACCAAGUCUGUCCUGCUAAAUAAGAUAAGAAGAACUUUAUUGAUCCCAAAGGGGAAUUCCAUAAAUGCCACUUAAGACUGAGCACUGCACCUUUAAUACUAGUGUAAAGAUUUUGUUACAGUACAGGAUGACAUUCAGCUAAGUAAAUAUGCUUCUAAAGUCCUGUGCAUGUGUAAUAAUUAUAUUUAAUUGUGUGUCCCUGCUUUGUUUUCAUAAAUACCUGGUGCAAAAGUGUUUGUUUUUUUCACCGUGCUGUUAAAUCACGUACUCUGACACCUACCCUCACAUUACUAGUUUCAAAAUAGAAAAUCUUUUUGCCAGUGGUCUGCUUUGAUUUUUUUAGCACAUUAAUAGGCAUCAAAGUUAAUUUCAGCCUGAUAAAUGACCAUUUAAAAAACCCCUCACAGGAGCUUUAAAUAACACAGUGAUGGUGGGUAACUUUGCCGCCCCACUUAAGUCGCCCACGUGACAUUCAGUAAAACAACAUACAAUUGUCACAAAACACCCUGUACGGAAGAGGUUAUCCUCAAUUAAAACCAAAGUUGUUCAAUUAUGAUGAGAAGAAAUCUUGUUUUAUUUUUUCCCUCCUCUUCACAGCUGUGCGGAAGUGACACAGCAGGCGCGCGCGUCGUCACGUCACGCGAGAAAGCAGAGAAGCCGAGCGAGAAAAAAAUAUCAACAACAAGAACAAGAGUAACCUGCAAAUAAAGCACCGUGACAGUGCGCAGACAUGUUCAACACGUCGUUAACAGUCCUAAAGGGUUGCAUGGACUCGUAAAGGUGAGCUCAAUCCGCCGGUCACGCGCGUUUACCGUUAAUUUAACAGUAGUCCUGGCAGGAGGGGGGACUCGUCCACGCAAACAUUGCCGCGUCAUUAAAAUUCACAAACAAAAUUUUGCACUGUCAAAGGAACACCGUGCACUGAUAUUCAUUUCAGCUCCAGUGGUUGUGAGAAAGACGGGUUCGUGACGGGGCUUUGAGGAGAGUUGCUGUCACGCAGCUGGUUUGUCUUCUGUUUUGGUUCAAAGGUUCAUGGGCGGAAGAAUGAGGAAGUAGCUGGUUAAUAUGAGCUGCAGGAGAGCUAGGAAGCAACUCAGAAUACGGUGGCAUGCACAGAAGAGCCACUGGCCACAGUGUACCUACUUCUCCUCUAUGUUUUCAGGAGAAAAAGAGUCGACAUUUGAGGGUUUUAGCUUCUUUGUUGCACGCAAGCUCAGGCAGCAAAGCAGUUAAUGUGCUCGCCUGCAGCUGAUCACAUGCUGCUGGUCAUAACGGUAGCAUACAAGCCUCCAUAACAGCGCAUAACUAGUUUACAUGCAAUACUGUUUCAAAGAAGCUGCAAUAUCUAUAUUUAAUCUGAUAUAAUGAAUCAUUUCGCACCUUUUGGUAAAACUGUCAUUUCAAUUCCAACCUGGAAAUGUCUUGACCAGAGACUGAAGCUUGUGUGAAUUUGUGAACAUUACUAAAAAACCAAACCACUGUCAUAAGUCACUGAGACCCAUUGUGUGGACUUUCAGUGCACUGUCAUGACAACCAACAGCCUCAGUUCCCGAAAAUAGUCAAGUUAUAGUCAUCAAGAUAAAUUAAAACAUAGUCACCUUGAAAAGUUCAAAUUUAAGAAUAACACCCACCUGUUCAGAUUAGUGACUUUUCCUCGAUCAAAAUAAAUCUAUUGGCCAACCAGCUAUUUCCACUGCUACACUAUGUUGACCUGGAUAUGAUCUUAAAAGAAAAAUGACUAAUUCGCGUGUUUGCAAUGACUUUUUUUCAGGCUAUGAGUUCCUCUGAGCAUGGAGCAGUUUCAGAUGAAACAAUGCUUGAGAAAGGUAAACUUCACAACCUGUCCACCCUUUCAGCUGUUUCACAUAUCAACGAGUGAAAAACUGAAGUUAAAAUGUUUAAAAACCAUAUCAAAAAUACCUCAAUGAGCACUAACUAAGAGUUCAGCAUUAACAUUUGAAAACAGGUUAAGUCUGGGCAUCUAAAACCAAAUCGAUCAGCUUUCAAAGUGUAUUUCAAGUAUAAAGCUUUAAACAUAUUGAAAUCCAGUCUAUGCAAAUACAUACUAUUACACAUUUUAUUUUUCAUACAAAUAUGAAAAAAACUGCAGUUUUUGGGCUCUGUGAUGUGAACAAAAAGGCUUAGAGACAUUGCCCUUGAUAGUAGCAAAACGACGAUUGCACUGUUACCUUGGUUGUGCAGCUUCGCUGUCAAAAAUAUAGAGACCUCCAAAUGCGAAACAAGUUGACUAACACCUGUUAGCAUGGGUGUAAGGGGUGCAAGAGGGUUGCAGGUGUAGAGCAGCAGACGUGCGUUCUGAUGGUUGUUUAAUCGAAACCCGUGCAGCUCAUUUGUUUACGUGGGUGGCUUUGAUGCAUGUGUUAUAUUCAUCUUAGCUGCAAAAUACAUGAUGCAAGUUAAAAAGUGAGGUCAAUAUGCUUGGGUAUGUGGGAAGAAUCUUGAGACUGAGGCAGAUUUACUGGUGAUAUAUGGUCUAAACGUAAACACAAAAUCAAUGUCUGGAAAUAGAGUGGGAAAAAAACUUGACUUUAAGUCAGAUUUUCAGCUAAUUUUCAUCUUUUCAACUGAAAUUCUGACUGGAGAAAAAACAAACCUAGUGCCCCUUAAAAGAUAUGCAGAAAGCUACGGCAUUAACAAAGAAAUUAUGGAUUGUUUGCAGAGCACAAGGAUGUCCAGGACCUCAAGGAAGAAAUGGACGACUUUGCUAUUUGCAAGCCACCUGAAGGACUCAGAGGGGCGUCUCCUGGAGUCACAGAGGCGAGUAAACGGUCCUCUGCAGAGAUGGGUCCAAACACAACCCAGUCUACCAGCAGUAAGAGAGUCAGAGUCUCAUGUGAGGUAAGUUUAAUGCUUUAGCAUGAAACAGGGUCAGCUAUGGUAUGUGUCUAAGGUGUGUCUUACUGUGUAUGUAUUUUUCAUAUUUUGUUUACUCUGUUCAGAUGAGGCGGCACUUGAUGGAUGAGAGCAGCCGGCAUGAACCUCUUUGCCUCACCACAACUGGAGAGAAGAGGGAGCGGGUUCAGCAGAAAUCCAGAGCGUCCUACAGGAAGCCUCUCUUCAGCAUCUCUCACAGGAUCUCAGAGAAGAGGAACACACCAAGCCUGGAGCAGCAGGCUACUCAUGGUGCGGGGAGUCCGCUCAACUACAGCAUCCUCUCGUCCAAGCUCCAAAGUUCGGAGGAAAAUGGCCCAGUGGAAACCUUUGCUACAGCAGAAACUUUAAGCCAAGCUUCCCCUGCAGACUCCACCCUAUAUCCCCUGAUUGAGAAAAUGUUUCUCAUUCUUAAUACCCUCAAUUCAAGCAUGACACAACUGCAUAGCAAAGUGGAUUUGUUAACCCUGGAAGUCAUGCGAAUAAAGAAGCAGAUCAAACCAGCUGAGAUGGUGACAGAGUUCCAGCCUCCACCUGAAUAUCUCUUAACUAGUGAAGAAUUGAAUCAGCUGAUGGAGCAGACAUCCAGCGCUGGAGAACUUGGGUGUCGGCUGCUGGUGCAUCUCUUUCCAGAGCUGUUUAAAGCCAGGGAAUGCUCCCAUGAAUGCAUGGCAAGCAAGAGGACGCUGGAGUCUCUGCAUCUGCAGCUGAUUCGUAACUAUGUAGAGGUGUGCUACCCUUCUGUUAAAAACAACAGCGUCUGGCAGGAAGAGUGCCUCCUCCAGAUUAAUGACUUGUUUAAUCGCUUCUGGGCUCAGAGGGACAUGGAGAGUGCUCGCCUGCUCAGGAAGCAGACAAUCACAGGUUCUGGGAUAAAGAGCGAGCAUCCUCAAACCUACCGCUUCAUUAAUGAGCAGGGUCAGGAGGAGCAUCUCUCUGUAGAUAACCAGCAGAGCAGCCUGGCUGUGUCCGACCUCGCCUUUGAUACACAAGCCACAGAGGAGCUGGAUGAGUUUUCCUCCCCCGAGGACUUUGUUAUUUUUCUUGUGCACCGUCUUUUCCCUGAGGUUUUUGAAGAGGGGAAAUUGCCAGAAGGCUUCAGCAGUUUCAGUAGUGUGGGGCAGCUUAUUCUGGACUCUGACAAGAUGGAAAUAAUAAGGAAGUAUAUGGAAGCUAAUUUUCCUGAUGUGCCUGAGGACAGCUGGCUGCAGGUGUGCAUUCAGCAUAUGGAGGAUGCACUCGAGGGUCCUCUCAGUAAUGGCAAUGGAAGCGAGCCUGAUAAUAUCAAUGAUGAGAGCUACGACCUGGCCAGCCUCCCUGAAGAUGUUUCCAUUAUUAAAGUCCCAGAGGUGGGUGACUAUGAAAGGCCCGGUCGCAAGUCCAAAAAGUCGCUCCUCACACCAGUGGAUUUUGACAAUCUUGAGAUUCCUCUUCCUGACUUCACUGUUCCCCAGGAGUACCUCUUAUCCAGGGAGCAGCUGAAGAACAACUAUGAAUGUAGCCUGUCUAUUGGGAACUUUGCCUCUCGGCUGCUGGUGCUCAUGUUCCCAGAGCUCUUCACCCACGAGAACACACGGAAGCAGUACAACUGCAGCGGUUCUCUUGGCAAAAAGCAGCUCGACCCCAUUCGUGUGAAUCUGAUCCGUCAUUAUGUGCAGUUAGUUUACCCUCGGGCCAAGAACGACAGAGUGUGGAUGUUGGAAUUUGUGGGUAAGCUUGAUGAGAGGUGCAGGAGGCGUGACACAGAGCAGAGGAGAUCCUACCUGCAGCAGCGUAAAGCAUACGGUCAGGAGUCAGAGCAGGACUUUCUGUGCCAGCUUAACCCAGAAAGCAUGAGGGAGGAUCCAGAUAUCCCCUCUUUACCCCCAGAGAAAAGUAGCAAAGACUUUUGUAAAAUCCCCCUGGAUGAACUGACUGUAUCCAAACCUGACUUCCCUGUACCUCCUGUGUACCUGCUCUCAGACGCUGAGGUACGAGAAAUCGUCCAGCAGAGUCUUUCUGUUGGGAACUUUGCCGCCCGUCUGUUGGUGCGCCUCUUCCCCGAACUCUUCACCCAGGAGAACCUGAGGCUGCAGUACAACCAUUCAGGAGCCUGCAACAAGAAGCAGCUGGACCCUGUUCGCCUGAGAUUGAUCCGUCACUAUGUGGAAGCAGUGUAUCCUGUGGAAAAGAUGGAGGAGGUGUGGCACUAUGAGUGUGUGCCGAGCAUCGACGAACGCUGUCGACGACCCAAUCGCAAGAAGUGUGACAUUCUUAAGAAGGCCAAGAGGUCGAGCACUGUGUCAUAGUUCAGUCCUUUUCAUUUAGGCAACACUUUUUGUCCUAAAACUAAUUGCACAGUAAAUAAGCUGACAUGCAUUGUUGAACUUUUACAAACUGUCCUCUGUAGGAUGACGCCAAGCUGUUAAAAGAGUUUCUGUUCUUAGUGAUACUUUACUUUUGGACUACACCAGUAGAUGUUGUAGCUUAUGUAGUAUUAUUAUUGUCAGUUAGGGUUCAAACUGCUUCUAUUUAUAAGCCAAACUGUCAUAGCUUAUCUAACAAACUUUGUUGGUAAAUGUUGUAGCCUUAAAAACAAUAUUAAUGAUAGUAGCUCAUAGCAUAGAUCACACACUUGCUCUAUGGAUAGAAAUGAAUCACAAUGAUGUGAUAUCCUUCCUUUGCAGUUACUGAUGUAGCAUUGUGCCACCACUGUUUUAAUAAUACUGUGCUUAUGUUAAGCCUUCUUAUAGAAGUUUAUAUUAUAAAGACAAUUUAACAUGACAAUGGUUCAUGAUAGCCUAUUUCUAAUAAAAUCACAAUUAUAAAUAUAA